UUUACUUAGAGGCAGAAACUCAGAUUUGGACCAAUUAAUGGAAUAACCAGACACCCUGCUAUACUUAUUUAUCAGAUCAUGAACUGAUGGAAGGGAUAGUGAAGGGUUAGUAAUAUACAGUAAAACAUCAUCUGCAUACAGACUGAUUUUAUGGUGGUAUGACUUUGACUGUAUACCUGAGAUUUUAUUGCACUGUCUGAUAGAAGCAGCCAAGGGUUCAAUAAAAAGACAAAACAAUAAAGGUGAUAAAGCACAUCCUUGUCGACUUCCUCUUUGUAGCUGAAAGGGUCUGGAUAUAUGUCUGUUUGUUGAGACUGAGGCAGAAGGAUUUUGAGUCCUCUCUGUGGGCGCUGCAGGUGCGUAAAGACAAACUAAAGCAGAAAGAAGAGCAGAUGAAGGACUACCAACAAAAGUUUGACAACUUCCUAAAGGAUAAUGAGGCCAAGCGCUGUCGAGCGAUGAGAAAGGUGAACCGGGAGAGGGAGCUGACCAAUAAGAAGCAGGCUGACCUCCUGGCCCUGCAGGAGGAGAUGAAGUCUUUGGUCAAGGAGCGGGAUAAACUGAUGAAACGUGUGAAGAAAAAUGCCAUUUAUCCCAGGUUUUUGGAUAAAGUGGUGCAGGCCAGUCCACAGUUUCAGGAGGUGCGUCAGCUGAUGUCCCGUUACUACACUCUGAAGCUAAUGAGUGAGGACCUGCUGCAGAUCACUCAGCAGAACCAGGAGAGCAUGGAGAAAUCCCAGGCCCAACUGGCCCACUUCACCAAGCAGGGCAAUGACACAAUUCUCCAGUAUAACAACACUUUGUCCCACCUGCAGAGUCAACUGGACGAGGCCCGAGCAGAGGGCAUGAUCUGGGAGUCAAGAUGGGCCCACAUUCAGAACACAGCAGCCAAGAAAACUCUCCUGCUGGGUACAAUCAAGAUGGCCACACUUAACCUGUACCAGAGUGUUUGCAAGAGGGCCAAAGACACUGGAGAUGCACCAAUUGCCCCAGAGGAUACACUUAAACAGCUGGAAAAGAUCCAAACAUUCUUAUCUGACUUGAUCUCCAUGUGGGAGGAGGUCAGCAGGUCACGAUCGCUUCUCCCAGGGGCAUCGAUAACAGACCGGAUGAUCUGGACACAACUUACCCAGAAGAUGGAGAAUGUGUUUAUGAUUGUUUUCGAGCAGCGCUGGAAUGUUUUUAGUGUGGCGCGCGGAGCGGGGCGCUCCGGCUACGCCCACUUCCCGCUCGGCCAAUCCGGGGCGGGCAGCUGUUUCAAGGCGCCCCUCGAAAGCCCGUCGAAAGCAAAACAAUGA